CAUUCCCAUGCCUAGGGCUGUGUUACGAUCAUUGUGCAGUGGCCUGCAUGUUCCUCUCCAGUCCCUACGUGUUGUCGUUAUUCUCUCCCCAAGGCCUCCAUUGCGACCUCCCAGCUCGGAUCACUACCGUUGGCCCGACAACUACUACGACUAUGCACUGCAGUGCGUGUGAGCUCAAUUCCACCAAGCCGCACCGGCACAAAUGGUUCGAGCCCACCAGCCAGCACACCAUCGUGGUGGACGCCAAUGGCUCCGGCGACUUCUUGUCUGUCCAAGAGGCCGUCGACUCCGUCCCGGAGAACAACACCAAGCGUGUCAUCAUUCACAUCCAUGCUGGUUGCUACAUAGAGAAGGUAGUGGUGCCGGCGACGAAGCCGUACGUGACGUUCCAAGGGGCCGGCAGAAACGUUACGGUGAUCGAGUGGCACGACCGGGCCAGCGAUCGAGGACCCAACGGGCAACAACUACGGACUUAUAAUACGGCUUCUGUGACUGUUUUUGCUAACCAUUUCAGUGCUAAGAACAUUAGCUUCAAGAACACGGCUCCAGCACCGAUGCCGGGCAUGGAAGGAUGGCAAGCUGCAGCAUUCCGCAUCUCAGGCGACAAGGCGUACUUCUUCGGCUGCGGCUUCUACGGCGCGCAGGACACCCUCUGCGACGACGCGGGGCGACACUACUUCAAGGAUUGCUACAUCGAGGGAUCCAUCGACUUCAUCUUCGGCAAUGGCAGAUCCAUGUACAAGGAUUGUCAACUCCACUCGAUCGCAAAUCGGUUUGGAUCCGUCGCAGCUCAGGACAGGAACAGCCCGUGCGAAAGAACUGGAUUCGCCUUCGUGAACUGCCGAGUGACAGGCUCAGGCAAGCUCUACGUGGGGCGAGCCAUGGGGCAGUACUCGAGGAUCGUCUUCGCUUACACCUACUUCGACGACGUGGUCGCGCCGGGCGGGUGGGACGACUGGAAUCACAACAGCAACAAGAACAAGACGGCGUUCUUCGGCGUCUAUAGAUGCUACGGUCCCGGUGCAGCAGCAGUGCGUGGUGUUUCGUGGGCUCGAGAGCUCGAUUUCGAGACGGCACGGCCGUUCCUCGUCAAAAGUUUCGUGAACGGAAGACAUUGGCUCGGCCCUUCCGACCCCUGAGCUGAAACAGACAAACUCUUCAAACAAUGGCUCACACACUCUUCAAACAAUAUCUCACACAUUUGUAAUCUCCAUACAGCAAAACAUAGAAGUUGAUGCCAUCAUACCAGCAAAUUAUUUCAUUAUUUCUUCUGAUCAUUCCAUCAUUCAUAUUUGUAUUCGAACCACGCAAUAAGUGGCAAGCAUGUAUUUCUUGGAAUAAUAUAGUGAGAGUUUGAUGUUUACCCAA